CCACGCCCGACUUCAUCCUCCACCAACGUUAUACCCUCGCAAAUUCAUCUUCUCACUUAGGACUAUCCAUAUCUGGAACAAUAUGCCUACAUACAUUGUUACGUGCAAGGAGGACGCAUCGGCUGAAGAAGUUCAAGCGACAAAACAACAUGCCAUAGAUCAGGGUGGUAGAAUAGGACACGAGUAUAAGAUCAUCAAAGGCUUUUCGGUGACUUUUGAUGAUGACGCGAUAACGACACUCGAGACGCACGAGCAUGUAAAAGCAGUUGAGGUCGACGGUAUUAUGACAACCCAGUAGACUCAAGGGGAGUUAGGGGAAGCUUUUGUGGGUGUUGGGGGGAGGGGGAAUAUGGGGGAUUUGGAUAUAGAGGUGGGGCAACAGAUGAUCGCGUCUUGGUAUGUUCCCAUUACUAUUACUUGGUCGACAACCUGCGCUGGCAGCCCUUAUUAGUUUGAAGGUGGAGCUGUAUUCACACUUAGAGUGAUAGCGAGAGGAGCUAAGGGUACGGCAGACUAAAUCCAGCUUCUGGUCAACCUGGAAAUUUUACUAAGUUUGAAUCCCCCCAGCGGCAUGACUAGUUUGAACCGUUGGAGUACCUUAGUAGGUUGAACAGUCUAAACGGCUUCAUGUAAAAACAAGUUGACCGUAAGCUAGAUUUAGU